CGGGAAGGAGAUUUGGCGCGGUGUGUGCUGUUGUUGUGUUGACCUGCCGCCGUCAGUGAGCAAACGUCAAAGUUAUUAAAGAUAUGGCUCCGGUUUCAAACCCAGAGAAAGAUAUGGACGCUCCGGACACUGAUGCUGGAGGAGAGGCAUGUGGGCUGGCCAUGUCUCGCACCAGACGGGAGAAGAGAGAGAAAGUGGGGAGGAAGUCUGCUCUGGAGCAACUGAAGAAAGCCAAGAGGGGCGAGAAGAUCAAAUAUGAGGUGGACGAGUUUACCAGUGUGUACGAAGAGGUGGACGAGCAGCAGUACUCGGAGAUGGUUCGAGAACGACAAGAGGAUGACUGGAUUAUUGAUGACGAUGGGACGGGAUACGUGGAGGACGGAAGAGAGAUCUUUGACGAUGAUUUGGACGAUGAUGUAGUAGAAAACAACAAAGGAAAGGCUAGUGCCAAAGGAGCAGCCUCAAAAAAAAAUAUGAAGAAAUCUGUUGUUGCAAAGCCCAACACCAUCAAGAGCCUCUUCAUGAACAGUAAUGUGAAGAGACCGGCUGAGAAAGACGUAGACCUCUCCAAAGAUGACCUAUUGGGAGACAUCUUACAGGACCUGCACUCUGAGAAACGGUCUCUUCUCACUCCUCCUCCGGUGAUCACUCUGAAGAAAAAGAAGUCUCUGGGAUCACCCAUGAAUCCCUUUUCCAUCAAACAGAAGGAGUCACCAACAGCUUCCGGGCAAAAGGCAAAGGUUAUCAGGCCACCACCCUCUGACCCGACCCCCAGACCAUCAGCCCGCCUCCCCCCCUCAACAUCAGCUCCUUCUGAGAAGAAGCAGGGGGCAAAAGUGGAGAAGAUGGAUGAAGAGCAAGUGGAUGACGCUCUGGGUUUUGAUGAGGUGGACUUUGACGAGCCAAUGGAAGUUGGACUUGAGGAUGAGAAUCCUGCCAUUAAAGAUGAUCCUGAGUCUCCAUCUAAGGCUGCAGCAACAGUGAAGCUGGAGCCCAAAGCAGAGCUUCAAGAUCCUGUCUUAGUGUCCAGCAGGGCAGGCAGCUCGUGGGGACAGCAGGAGGAAGGACGAGUCAGCGAGGCUCAGGUGGAGGUGCAGGUUGACUCCAGCAAACUCCCGCUGGUGGAGGGGGCGGACGGGGAGCAGGUUUUCCGCUUCUAUUGGUUGGAUGCCUUUGAAGACGCCUACAGCCAACCGGGCGUGGUGUACCUGUUUGGAAAAGUGUGGAUUGAGUCUGCACAGUCUCACGUCAGCUGCUGCGUCUCCAUCAAGAACAUUGAGAGGACCAUGUUCCUCCUGCCGAGGGAAUAUAAAGUGAACACUAAGAGUGGGGAAGUUUCGGACACCCCCGUGGGACUGAUGGACGUCUACCAGGAGUUUAAUGAGCUCUCUGAGAAGUUCAGGAUCAUGAAGUUCAAAUCUAAGAAAGUGGAGAAGAGCUACGCCUUUGAAAUCCCUGACGUUCCCACUCAGAGCGAGUACCUGGAAGUCAGAUACUCUGCUGAGUUCCCUGCGCUGCCCUCAGACCUGAAGGGGGCGACCUUCUCUCACAUUUUUGGCACCAACAUCUCCAGUCUGGAGCACUUCCUCCUCAGCAGGAAGAUUAAAGGGCCGUGUUGGCUGGACAUCAAGACUCCACAGCUGAUGAGCCAGCCGGUCAGCUGGUGUAAGGUGGAGGCUCUGGCCCUGAGGACGGACCUGGUCACGGUGGUCAAAGAUCUGUCGCCACCCCCCAUCACCGUCAUGUCCAUCAGCCUGAAGACCAUCCAGAACCCAAAGACCCACCACAACGAGAUCGUGUCUCUGGUGGCUCUCGUCCACUAUGAGUUCCAGAUGGAUAAAGCUCCUCCUCAGCCCCCAUAUCAGACACACUUCUGUGUGGUCAGUAAACCGGCUGACUGUAUCUACCCCUACGACUUCAAAGACGCCGUGAGGAAGAAGAACGGUAUGGUGGAGAUCGCUGGUACAGAGCGAGCUCUGCUCGGCUUCUUCCUGGCCAAGCUGCACAAAAUCGACCCUGAUGUUCUGGUGGGUCACGACAUCUUUGGCUUCGACCUGGAGGUGAUUCUGCAGAGGAUCAACGUGUGCAAGGUUCCCCACUGGUCUAAGAUUGGACGCCUAAGGAGGUCCAACAUGCCCAAACUAGGGGGUCGUGGUUCCUUUGCAGAGAAGAGCGCCACCUGUGGUCGUCUGGUGUGUGACGUGGAGAUCUCAGCAAAGGAGCUGAUUCGCUGUAAGAGUUACCACCUGACUGAACUGGCUGCUCAGGUGCUGAAGACAGAGAGAGCCACCAUCUCUCCAGAGAACAUCAAAGACCUCUACAGUGACUCUCCUCACCUGCUCUACCUGCUGGAGUUGACCUGGAUGGACGCUAAGCUGAUCCUGCAGAUCAUGUGUGAACUCAACGUGCUGCCGCUCGCCCUGCAGAUCACAAACAUCGCCGGAAACGUGAUGUCUCGUACUCUGAUGGGCGGUCGCGCCGAGAGAAACGAAUUCCUGCUGCUUCACGCCUUCCACGACAAGAACUACAUCGUCCCCGACAAGCUGUCCUUCAAGAAGACUCAGAUGGAAAUGGGGGAGGGAGAAGAGGGAGGCGAUGGAGGGAAAGGCAAGAGGAAAAAGAAGGCAGCAUACGCCGGAGGUCUGGUGCUGGAUCCUAAAGUCGGUUUCUACGACAAGUUUGUUCUGCUGCUGGACUUCAACAGUCUGUACCCCUCCAUCAUUCAGGAGUUCAACAUCUGCUUCACCACCGUGCAGAGGGAGGCGCACAACACACAGAAGAAGAAUGAGGAGGACGGGCCGGAGGAGAUUCCAGAGGUUCCCGAUCAGAGCCUGGAGAUGGGAAUCCUGCCCAAAGAGAUCAGGAAGCUGGUGGAGCGUCGCAAACAGGUCAAACAGCUGAUGAAGCAGCAGGACAUCAACCCCGACCUCUACCUGCAGUAUGAUAUCCGUCAGAAGGCUCUGAAGCUGACGGCUAACAGCAUGUACGGCUGCCUGGGCUUCAGCUUCAGCCGCUUCUACGCCAAACCCCUCGCCGCCCUCGUCACACACAAGGGGAGAGAGAUUCUGAUGCACACUAAAGACCUGGUUCAGAAGUUGAAUCUGGAGGUCAUCUACGGAGAUACCGACUCCAUCAUGAUCAACACCAACAGCAAGUCUCUGGAGGAAGUCUACAAACUGGGAAACAAGGUCAAAGCCGAGGUAAACAAGCUCUACAAACUUCUGGAGAUCGACAUCGACGGCGUGUUUAAGUCUCUCUUGCUGCUGAAGAAGAAGAAGUACGCCGCCCUGUUGGUGGAGAACCACGGCGAGGGACGGUACAGCGUGAAGCAGGAGCUCAAAGGCCUGGACAUCGUGCGCAGAGACUGGUGUGACCUCGCCAAGGAGUGUGGAAACUAUGUGAUUGGUCAAAUCCUGUCAGACCAGAGUCGCGACGUCAUCGUGGAGAACAUCCAGAAACACUUGGUGGAGCUGGGAGAGAAAGUAGCAGCUGGAAGCGUACCACUCAACCAGUACGAGAUAAACAAGGCUCUGACUAAAGACCCUCAGGACUAUCCGGAUAAGAAGAGCCUCCCUCACGUCCAUGUGGCUCUGUGGAUGAACUCUCAGGGUGGUCACCGGGUCAAAGCUGGAGAUACCAUCUCCUACAUCAUCUGCAAGGACGGCUCCACGCUGGCGGCCAGUCAGAGGGCGUACGCUCUGGAGCAGCUGCAGAAGCAGGAGGGUCUCAGCCUGGACGUGCAGUACUACCUCGCCCAGCAGGUGCACCCCGUGGUGUCCCGCAUCUGCGACCCCAUCGAGGGCAUCGACGGCGUGCUCAUCGCCACGUGGCUCGGUCUGGACCCGGGUCAGUUCCGCGCUCACCAGCAGUACCAGAGGGAGGAGGAGGCGGACGGCACGCUGGGAGCCCCGGUGCAGCUGACGGACGAGGAGCGCUACAAGGACUGCGAGAGCUUCACCUUCACCUGCCCUCAGUGCAGCACCGACAACAUCUACAGCAGUGUGUUCGAAGGAGCGGGGUUGAAGUUGGAGCCCAGUUUGCUGCGCUGCUGUCACCUCCCCUGUGGGGGCCGCCCCAUCGACCAUGCCGUCAACAUCAGCAACAAACUGCUGCUCGACAUCCGGCGCCACAUCAAGAAAUACUACUCUGGCUGGCUGCUGUGUGAGGAUCAGGCCUGCAUGAACCGGACCAGACGCCUGCCCAUCGCCUUCUCCCGACACGGACCCAUCUGCCCCGCCUGCACCAGGGCCACGCUCAGACCUGAGUACUCGGAGAAGGCGCUGUACAACCAGCUGUGCUUCUACAGGUUCAUCUUCGACUGGGAGCAUGCAGUGGCUAAAGUGCUGCAGAGCGAAGAGAGAACUCAUGUUAAGCAUUGGAGCCGCGAGAGGGAGGUGUACCGCAGGCUGAAGGAAGUGCCGGACAAAGCCCUGGCCACCAGCGGAUACUCAGAGAUCAACCUGGCCAAACUCUUCCAGGCGUUCUCCUCCCUCAAGUAACACACACACACACCUGUGGCGACAACACCUACCGAGGAGCGCCGACGACCCACACACAGCGGGAACCUCAACCACUGUCUUCGGUUUUCGAGGGAGGCAAUUUACAGAAUUUUCUGCAGAUUCUUUUUCUAUAAAUCUGUGAAAAAUGUCCAUUCCAGAUCCUCAAAGUCCAGGAUGAUGUCAUUGAAAGUCUUUAUAUUCACUUCAAUAUAAUAUGAUCAUGAAAAGCAGGGAAUGCAUCACAUUUUAGAGGCUGAAAACCACCUUUGAUGCCAUUUUUACAUCAAAACAACUAAAUAUUUUUGGGGAUAUUUGGCCGAUUCUUCCUCUGAAGUUGCAGCUUACAAUAUUUUCCUCAUCGAUUCAUCUGCAGCUUUUUUCCUGUUUUAGGUUUCCGAUAUAUAUUGGUGAUUUUAGUCUUUGACCUCUUGACCCUCGUAUCAUCUUCUCUGAACUAAACGGGCUUAUUAUUAGACCUAAAAAGCCAAUCACACCUCCUGCUCACGGACACUCGUGACUUGACCCAAUCCCCCUGACGCUGUAUGAUAAAGGGGAGUAGCAAUCAUACCUAAAUGACAUCUAUUGUGUGUGUGUGUGUGUGUGUGUGUGUGUGUGUGUCUGUCUUUGUGCCUGUGUGUGUGUCAGUGUGUGUCUGUGUGUGUGUGUAAUAUGACUUCUUCUCAGAGCAGCCAGUAUCCUCCAGGAGACGCUAAUUAGCCAAUGAUCGUGACCCUGGCCUGUAAAACCGCUGGAGGCCUGCAGCGAUCGGACACUUGUUCUGAUUACCACCAUUCAUCCCGUGUGUGUGUGUGUGAGAUCAGAGGGUGCAGGGGUGAUGGAGGCCACACACUCUCUGGCUCUUUUGUCUCCAUAUCGAACAGCUGAUCUUCUCCUCCGCUGGCUCUGUUUAAGUGAAGCCAUUUCAUCCCUCUCUCCUCCCACUCCUCCCCCUCUUCCCCUCUUUGUGCAGAUGUGUUUUAAUGCCUGUAGAUUUUGUUAUAUCUCACCUGUGUUGCUCAGGUAUGUAAUGAUUGUUUUGUAAUGUAAUAUUUUUCACAUUGGUUAUUUUGAUACUGAAACCUUAAUAAAAAAGCUGAAUGGA